AUGUAUCUACAUUAAUUAAUAAUUCAGACUAUUUUUAAUUCUAAUUUCGAAUUUUUUGAUUACUUUCAAGAAUUUAAGAAAGGAAAAUAAAUUCAUUUAAAAUUUCUGGCUUAAUUUAAAAAUGAAAUCAUUCAUAGUCAACAUGAUCUAAAAUUAAAGUAAAUUAACCCCAUUCUUGCAUUGUUAAUUUUAUAGAGUAAACAAUCGAAGCUUUGA